CAUGAGCAGUUACAAAGCUAGUCCCAGAUUUCCACGUGAUCCCGUCCAACAUGGUGGACGAGACGGAACAAAUACUCCGAAUAAAGGUUAAGAAACAAUUUUACUGCGUUGUUACGCGUAAGAUAUAGUCACUUGGUUGGAUUCUUUAUACCUAAGAUGUCAGAGGGUAAGAAGAGAAAUAGAAAGCGUAAAUGGCGUUCUGUGGCGCUAGAAAAUCCGUCCUUUUUCUCCGGGGAUAUGGAAGGGUUCGUUUCUCUGGAAGAGUUGAACGAUUAUACCCUUGAGAAGAAAGUUAUCGAGGGGGGGCGAAUGGAAGGUGAAGGUAAAAUUAUGAGCUUUUCCAUCAAGACUCCUGAUGAUUCGGAUAGCGGCGAGGACAGUAAAGUAGAACCAGUGAACAAGAAGAAGAAAAAGAAGAAGAAAAAGGUGGCGAAGAAGAAAGACAACGACACCGUUACACAACAAGAGAGUCAAGAGAAAGAAAAGGGUAGUGAUGCAGAGGGGCUAUCAAACCAGAAAGUGCAAGGAUCAUUGAUUGACAUGUCUGAAUGGGAGGGGCUUGGGGUUGCACCUGAUAUUUUGAGGGCCCUUGGUGAUCAGGGAUUUUCCAAGCCAACACCAAUCCAGUCCUUGUCAAUCCCACCCGCACUUCUUUAUCAUAGGGACAUCAUUGGUGCUGCUGAAACAGGUUCAGGGAAAACCUUGGCUUUUGGGAUCCCUAUUAUUCAGCAUAUUGAGGCAUACAAAAAACGUAAGGCAGAACAAAGUCCUUCUGAUAAGGAGAGUGAUUUAGAAUCGCAAGGCUACCCACUACUGGCAUUAAUCAUGGCGCCAACUCGUGAACUGGCUCUUCAAGUCAAGGACCAUCUGGUUAAAGCAGCAAAGUACACAUCAGUCAAGGUUGCAGCAAUUGUUGGUGGGAUGGCUGCACCAAAGCAACAAAGACUACUCAAGCAGCGCCCAGAAAUUGUUGUGGCCACCCCUGGUAGAUUAUGGGAGCUUAUUUCACAGCAAGAGGAGCAUGUCAGCAAUAUACAGCUGCUGCGGUAUUUAGUGAUUGAUGAAGCUGAUCGCAUGGUGGAGCAAGGGCACUACGAGGAGUUGUCUUCAAUACUAGAACUUAUUCAUCUUAAAAAGAGUGGGAAUAUGGAAGUUGAUCAAGAGGAUGCAGAAAGACCAUCCAACAGCUCAAAAACUCCUGAGAAGGCAAGAUUGCAAAAAUUCAUUUUCUCUGCGACCCUUACACUUCCAAAGUCAUUCAAGAAGAGAGGAAGAGAAAAAACAGUUUCAAAGGGAGAAUUAUUAGCCUCAUUGAUGGACAAGAUUCAUCUGGAGAGAAAGAGGUCCAAAGUGAUUGAUGUCACAAGCUCAAGGGGCACUGUGGAAACACUGACUGAGGCCAAGAUCACAUGUACUAAGGAAGACAAGGAUGUGUACUUGUAUUAUUUUCUUCUGAAAUAUCCUGGCCGCACCCUGGUGUUUGCCAACACAAUUGAUUGCGUCCGUCGCCUGACGUCCAUCCUUCGCCUUGUACAGCUUAACCCAUUACCUCUCCAUGCUAGUAUGCAGCAGAGACAACGCCUAAAGAAUCUUGAUAGGUUCAAGGCAAGCAACACAGGGCUUUUGCUAGCUACAGAUGUGGCUGCUCGAGGGCUGGACAUAGCAAACAUAGAACAUGUUAUUCACUACCAAGUGCCAAAAGAUCCUGAGGUUUAUGUCCAUCGUAGUGGUCGCACAGCACGUGCCAGCCAUGAAGGCCUGAGUGUUGUACUGGUUGGACCAGAAGACCUGGCGCACUACCGUAAAACCAUGAAGACACUGAAUAAUGGAGAAGACCUUGGCUCUUUUCCUGUUGAUGUUUCAUACCUCCCUGGCAUCAGAAAUAGGUUGUCUAUAGCACGUCAGAUUGACAAAGAAGAACUCAAAGUGAGCAAGAAAAAGUCUUCCAACAGUUGGAUCUUAAAUUCUGCAAAAGCAAUGGAUAUCGAGGUGGAUGAAGAUUUACUUGAAGAUUUAGGUGAUUCUCACGACCAGAAGGUCCAACGAACUAAGCUUGCACAUCUUAAAGCGUCGUUAAAUGAGCAGCUCAAGUCUCCCCUAGUCCCUCUCGGUUUCAGCGGGAAAUAUCCCACCAAGACCGGCAAACUUGUUAUGCCUGGCAUUCAAGGUCAAUGCCCAGACGAUGAGUCCCCUAGGGCAGUUACAGACGUAACGAGAAAUAAGAAGAGGAAGAAGCGAUAAUUGAGGCACAGUAUUUAGAUAAGAAUAUUACCAAAGCGAAGAGCAUCAACAUAGAAACCCCGAAUAACAAAGGCAGGCUAAGGGGGUGUACUGAUAACCGCUAUGUGUUAGCAGCAGACAGCUGCAUUUAAAACGAACAGUACACCCCCUGAUGCGAGCACAGAAGCGCUAAGAAAAUAAGGAAGUGAAUCGCUUUCCCUUUUCUUGUAUCUUUUUUAUCUGUAUGUAUCAAGUGGGUAUGUAACAAUAAUAUUCUAGGUUUAAAUCCUUCGGAUUUAGAGACGUGUGAAAACAACCCGCAAAGAGAAUAGAAACUUCAGAAAAUAACUUUGGAAUUAAAGGAAAGUAAAGAGCAGAAAACCA